UAUAAAGAUUUCAAUGAGGCUGUUCGUAGUGGUAAACAAAAAUACAAAGCCAAGACUUACGAAUGGUAUACACUUCACUUUUUCUUAACAAGAGCAAUACGAAAGCUGAAGAAAAUACAGAAUGAAUGUGUGACAACUUAUCGUCGUACACAUUCGACAUAUGUGAAAGAGAAUGUUUUAAACACAGAGGUUCGUUUUGGCUCAUUUGCAUCCUCCUCUUUUGAUCAACAAGUAAUAAGUGGUUUUGGAGAUAAGUCCUGUUUUGAAAUCUACACUUGUUUUGGUGCUGAUCUGACAGAAUAUUCUCAGCAUCCUAAAAUGCAAGAGGUGCUGAUUCCUCCAUAUGAAACGUUUAAAGUCAAGGAGAUCAAGGAGAAAACAAAUAAGAACAAUCUCUGGUGUGACACUGUGUACAAGCUGGAAAGCUUUCAAGAAAGAAGUGACCUGAGAUGUGCAAUAGUGAAUAUGAUUAACUCUGAAAAAAAAUAAUUUCUUUAAAAAAUAAUGCUUUGUGCUGUGAUCAGGGUAACAGUUUGGUAACAAUUACCAAAAAGGUAACAAUGUUGUAUCAAAUGUGGUCAUCUGUAUUUUAUUUUAGUCAAGUCAUGUAACUCUGCACAACAAUUUGACACGUCUAAACACAUUUUACCACCCUGAUUUUUGUAAUUGUUUUCUAGUGAUUAAAAGCACAUUUUACUCAAAAAUGAAAAUUCUGUUAUCUUUUACCAUUCCAAACCUGUAUAUUUUUCUAUGUACUUGAACAGUUUGUACAUCCAACCUCGUUUCAAAACCAUGAGGGCAAACGGUUGAAGAAACACAUUCUGAAAAACACAGAGCUGAACACACACACACACACACACACACA